UGGACGAGCGUACGAUAACUAUGCGAGGGUGCAAGACGACUCUGAUUGGUGCCAUCGCACUUGGUUGUGUGGCUAGAAUGCCGUGGGUCGGAGUCUGCUACGGAUCGCGGACUUCUACACUUCAACGAAUUCCGUCCAGGUGGGAUUAUUGUUGCCUGGAGUUGCUUGGUCAAGCCAGCUCUCGCAUGAUCCACGUACUACUGCGCAUCAAUAAUCCUCGCAAAUACGGGGAGCAGGAGAGAUAAUAACUUGAUGAGAUUGUUUACCAAGGCACUAACGUUGGGGAAUGUAAGACGGGUAGGGCUAAGAGGCAUGACGUAAACCGAUCUAAGCACAGAGUCAUAUUACAUCGCAACCAACACCUGCAUUGGUUAAAUC